AUGGUCAAUAAUAAACUCAGCGAGAAGCUGAAGCUCUCGUAUUCGUCUCAUUCAGACUUACUUGAUGCGUUUGAGGGUCUGUUCGAUACGAUGGUGCUGAGUAAAUUAAUUUUUGUAGAAAAACUAUCUCUUUGCUUUUUUGUGUAUUGCAUUCAACUGUAUAAUUAUUUACCUGCUCAUGCCCUUUUUUCGCAACAUUUUUCUGUGAGUUGUGAGACUCCCUCUUCCUCUCAGAAAGUUUCUCCAGGGUCAAUGAAGGACUAGUAUUCUAUUCCGGCCACUGUGUUCAUUACAACGCAAUCGAGCCUUCAUCAAAAGAAGUGAAUAGAAUCGCCCAAAUUCUGCAUGUGAGUUUCGACCAAAUCGACGAAAGAUUAGUGGAGCAGGUCUGAUCGAUAUAGAUUUCACUUACAUGUUUUCCUUUUAUUAGGUAUCUAACUGGAAAGCACCGGUUUCGUUGAGCGUCGUCCUAGAUUCUUGGGAAUACUACAGUUGCACAAUAAAAUUGGUUUAUAUCGAAAAAUGUGGAUUAAAUUUCCCUCAACAGCUCCAGCAGCUGGUGGAACAUCCUCUGGCAGAGAAAUACCUUCGAGUUCAUCUUCUAGUUCCUUCUGAAACAAAAGAAUGCGUUCUUCCGGAUCCGGCCUCACAGAAGCCUACGUGUGCGCCAGAACGGCCUAGCCUCACCGACGUAUCCCGUUAUCCAGUCAAUGUUGCUAGAAACGUAGCCAGAAAGGUAAAUUGAUGUCAACACUGAAAGAAGCUGAUUUUCAAGGUUCAGUUUUCUCACACAGACUACAUUGCCAUUGUGGAUUACGAACAUCUGUUCAGUGAAGGGUUUGAGGAAAGUGUCUUAAAAACAGCAAAUGAGCACCUUUGGUCAACUAAAAAGGCUGUUCUCGUCUACCGAAUUUUCGAAUUGGAUGCUUCUGAAAGGAUGUUGGUGGUUCCACGUUUUCCACAACUUCUCAUAAGCUCGUUUUUCUCAAACUCUUUCCUUUUUUCUUUUUUAUGCUAUCGAGCUAGUUUUUCCAUCUUUGAGCUCAUGAAUUAAUUUUUUGAGCCUUCCAAAAGACAAAGUCGAACUGAACACAAUGCUUGAUGAGGGGAAAGCGAUAGUAUUUCACAACACAUACUAUCCAGGUGAUAUAAUUAACUGUUGAUUUCAAAAACAGCAAAACAGGCGCUCAUGAAAUUCCGAAGUUAGAGGAAUGGUUGUUGAAAGACGACACUAGCAACGGGCUUUUCGCCAUGAACUUGCGCUAUUCCAAGUUCGGAUGGGAGCCACAGUUUAUUUCGCGUUCCGACAUCCCACUUCACGAUGAGAACUUUCCCUUCCAACUUAGGGACAAUACUGUCUUGGUAAGAAGAGAGAACGACCGAAUUAUUUGUUUUUUUCAGAGGUGGGAGCUAUGCCGAGCUGGAUAUCGAUUUCACGUACUUGACGAUGUCUUCAUGGUACAUCGCGGUAUCAAACAGAAGUCUUCUUUGGGGAGAACUCGCAAAAUGCAAAAGAAAAACUGGAGAAAGUCGUCUUGAUAAUCAAUAGCCUUCUUGAACGCCUUUCUGUUUAGGUUCGAGUCGGCGUUGGCAAAGUUUAAUGCCAGAAUGCAGAGAGAAUAUCCAUUGACCGCCCGAAGAUGUCCUCGUCCCUCAGCUUAAAUAAUUCCGCCCUCAAAGUUUCACAAUUUUGAGAAAACAUUUAAAUCUCUUACAUAUUAUCCCUGCUCUGGUCAUAAACAAAUUUCGAAUUUUGAUCAAUGACUAUCGAAUAAAUCUGAGACCGUAUGCAAUAAAGUAGAAAAUGAUUUUCAUCCAUUUUCCUGAAAAUAAAAAGGCCCUAAACUCGCUAGGCUAUCAAUAGAUUCGACUUUAUCUGAUACAUCUGGUAAGGCUUUAUAAGAAGAUUCGGAUAGGGAAAAAACAACUACAGUUUAGAAAAGACUAAUUGUAGCUUUUUUUCGAGUUUCAGGAAAAUGACGGAAAACCAUUUUCCGCUUUAAUGCAUACGGCCUCUGUAGUCGAAAUAUUAUAAUAAUCGUGUUGGAUAUUCGUUCUUUAAUCAUUUCUGACCAAAAUCCCUGUUCUCAGCGGCGAUUGAUUUUAUCGACAAACACAAUAUGAACUUCAUGAAAAUUGUGCUUCUAACAAUACCUACCUGUGGGUCAAAACUAUACAUAUAAAAACUGAUUUUUAGACGUCUUCUCACAACACAAAAGUGGCGCAAAAUUCAACUUUUCGGACAAGUCCUAUCAGGUGAGAUUAACAACUUUCGCAAAUAAAAUUCUUCGAAACAAAAGAUUCAGGGUGAAAAAAUGGAUAACCGCACCGUGUCUACCACACUCAAGAAUGCUAUGAGGAACACCUCGGCGGCGGAGUCCACAGUUGCGACAACACAAAUGAAAAAUAUGGAAGAAACUACAGGAUCAACAGCUUCAAGAAAACCUUAUAUUCCUCCUCUCACUCAUAAUACAUCUUUCAACAUAAGGAAAACGUCGGAGAAAGAGAAAGAAGAAGCAAAGGAGAAGCGGUCGGUAAUCGCUCUUUUUAGUAUGACGAACUGACUAGAAACUUUCACGAUCGUUGAAAAAAUAGUUAUGAAGAUACCUGCUUAUUCGGAAAAUUAUUUGAAAAGUUCUUGCUGGUCCGCUCCAUUCGACUUGAAAAAAAACUUCUCGGACAUCGGUAACGAAAACCGGACGUGCUCCGGACGAUUCUGAGCAAUUCUAUGGAUGGUUUAAGAGUGCUGACGCUACUAAAUUGCUCAGUAGAACUUUUCGUGCGUGUUCGAUUCGCGUUCGGUUCGCGUCACCAAAUCCGAACAAUCUGUCUGCGUCUUAUGUUGUCUUACCAGCGAAGUCUUACUAGGGCAUGGUCUCCGCUCGACAACGAGUUGAGAAGAGUUCUUGGAUUCAAAAAUAAAAUUCUGCUAAACCCCACAGGCGGCUGAGGAAAAGCUCGUCGAAGUUUUCCCAGCGCGUAUACACUGCGCGUCAUAGUUAUAGACGCACCCCCAUUUUUGCAUUUUUCAAAAGAUACGUUGAACUUCUUGCAAUCAAACCUAUUUUAUGACGAACCUUAGAUCAAACAACUAACAUUGGAAAGAGAACUACAGAAGACUCAGUACAAAAAAUUUUCGAAAUCCGUCCAAAAUAGUUUUUUGACCGGGUCAAUUAUAGACGCACCCUGGGUCAGGGCUCAUUUUUUACUUGGGUUGGAACUUUCGCCUUUCUUAUUAAUUUUAAAUAAACAUCAAAGUUAGUAGGAGGCCACAGCAUUUUAAGUAAUUUUGAAUCAAGCAACUUUAUUUACAAACCAUGCGAAAAGCGAACAAAAUCGAAAAUUUCAGAAAAAAUGGUUUCUUCUGGAAAUAUCAAAGAAUUUAUAUCGGAGUUUGCGUAUUAAAUUCUCAAAUUACGUUGUUUUGAACAAUAACUGAAAAGUUCGAGAAGAAAAAAUGUUUCUGCGGUACGAAAAAUAUCUUUGAAUUAGGUGGAUUCGCUGUUCAUGGGAAACCUGGCGUUUGUUGGACCGACCUCUUUCCCAAUAAAAAUUUUUACAUAAGGUUUUUUGAUAGCAACAAUGUCCUGAGGUUUGCUUGAAAAGUUUAAAACUAAUUAUCCUUACUGGUAUCGGCUCAUUCCGUUCUAAUAAGGGAGAAAUGAUACUUCUUUUUAUUGCAAGUCGAAGAAAUUUUGAAAAUUCCUUUUUGCCCUCACCAUUUCUUUUCCCAGUCAAAAAAGUGUUAACUUUACCCGAAACAGGUGUGAAUUUGAUCAUAGACUGUUUUUCAUACAUUGGAAACAUAGAACUAAUGAAUGUUAAUGGACCUCCAAACGAGCAAAGUUUUGCUCUUUUCUCUGUUUUGGAAAACGGUUCCGGAAAAGAAAACAGGUUUUUUCCAGAUAGUCAAAAAGUGUUUGAAAUAUUUGAAACCCUUUCUGAAUACCUUUGCUAUCAAAAAACCUUAUGUAAAAACUUUUAUUGGUGGAAGAGGUUGGUUCAACAAACGCCAGGUUUCCUAUGAACAGUAAUUCCACCUAAUUUAAUGAUAUUUUUCGUACCGCAGAAGCAUUUUUCCUUCCCGAACUUUUCAGUUAUUGUUCAAAACAACGUAAUUUGAAAAUUCAAUACGCAAACUCCGAUAUAAAUUCUUUGAUAUUUCCAGAAGAAACCAUUUUUUCUGAAAUUUUCGAUUUUGUUCGCUUUUCGCAUGGUUUGUAAAUAAAGUUGCUUGAUUCAAAAUUACUUAAAAUGCUGUGGCCUCCUACUAACUUUGAUGUUUAUUUAAAAUUAAUAAGAAAGGCGAAAGUUCCAACACAAGUAAAAAAUGAGCCCUGACCCAGGGUGCGUCUAUAAUUGACCCGGUCAAAAAACUAUUUUUGACGGAUUUCGAAAAUUUUUUGUACUGAGUCUUCUGUAGUUCUCUUUCCAAUGUUAGUUGUUUGAUCUAAGGUUCGUCAUAAAAUAGGUUUGAUUGCAAGAAGUUCAACGUAUCUUUUGAAAAAUGCAAAAAUGGGGGUGCGUCUAUAACUAUGACGCGCAGUGUAUGCCCGCGCUCGGAGCCUUCGGCUAGCAACUGGCGGCGUGGUGUAGUGGGUUGUGGUGUUGUGCACUAUCAAUAUUGAGACCAUGGUUCGAAUCCUUUUGGCGGAAAUCGUUUUUUUGCCGGCUUAUAACUUUUUUUCCUUUCUUAUUUUUUUGAGAUACUUUUUUUUCAAAAAUUUUACAAUAAAAAAAUCACAAAAAUCCCAAUAAAAAAAUGGUUUUUUUUCUACUUUAUGGGCAAACGAUAAAGAAAACGAUAUUUUUUUAUGAAAAUUCACGAAUCACGAAAAGCGAUUACCUGUCUUUUGGACACGUGUGUAAACGGAAACACAAUAACACAGUAAAAAAACAAAAAUGAAACUUUUCCGUUCGGUUCCGCGUUUCAGGUGUCAGAAGAUAUGGCGUUUUUCGAAGAUUUCAACAGAAAAUUGCGCGGAAUGAGGCAUGAGAAAAUUAGUAGAGAUAAAAGUUUUCUACAAGUUUUGAUGUAAACUUUUGAAAAAAAUAUCCCAAAAAGGAGAAAGGAAUAAAGUUAUGAGCCGGCAAAAACGAUUUCCGUUAAAAGGAUUCGAACCAUGGUCUCAAUAUUGAUAGUGCACAAGACCACAACCCACUACACCACGCCGCCAGUUGCUAGCCGAAGGCUCCGAGCGCGGCCAUAUACGCGCUGGGAAAAUUUCGACGAGCUUUUCCUCAGCCGCCUGUGGGGUUUAGCAGAAUUUUAUUCUUGAUUCCGAGUACUCUUACCUAGGCCUAUCCACCCACAAAGUCUCAAUUCUCAACUCCUUGUCGAGCGGAGACCAUGCCCUAGUUAGAAACAUCAGAAUAUUGAAUUACGGUCAAAACGAGAGGCAUUGCAGAACUUUCAGAUUGCUUUGAAUUAAAGCAUUAUUCAUAUAUAUAUAUAGUUCAGGGAUAAUUUUAUCGCCGUUUCGUUGAUUAGCUCUGGUUUGAUGCUGUUUUCAAGUAUCGGGGCAUUACUCAUGACGAUGUGCAUCUUCUCGAUCGAGCGCCAAAACUCCAAAAUAAGAAAAGAAAAAGGUAGACGGAGAAGAAAACACGGCGGAAAAGAACUAUGCAGUUAUGUGGAGACUUAA